AUGCACCACCAGCUAGCGGUGUGUUGUAACAAAGAGGCGGACUUGCUUCAAGAGUACACAAAUAAAACCGUAGCCCUCGUUACCGCCCAUUUCGGCACAUCUUGUAAUGCGAGUAUUGUUUACAUCGACUUGCCGUUAUUAGACACGAACUCUCUACAAAUAAGAAAUAACAGUUUUAUUCAAAUAAGGAUCAACAUCAAAAGACAGAACUUGAGAGAAAUUGAUUUAUCUUCCAAUAACUUGCAAUACGUUACCAAGGGAGUCUUUAAUAACUUCCUGAAUCUCAGGAAACUUAUUUUAAGUAAGAAUAAGAUUAUUAAUAUAUUUGAGGAAAGUUUCUUUGGGUUGUCAAAAUUAGAAACUUUGGACUUAUCGGAGAACAAUUUGACUAUGUUAACAAAUGUGUUUACACCUUUGAAGAAUCUCCAGCAUCUGAAUUUAAGCAGAAAUAAUCUCGAGUUUAUCCAUGAAAAUUAUUUCAACAAUUGGCUGCUACAACACCUAGACGUGUCACAUAAUAACCUGAGGAAGCUAGCUCCGGGUGCUCUGCAGUUAUUACCCAAUCUAGCGCGGUUAUUACUCACUGAUAAUCCACAUUUGGGUAUUACACAAUUGGAUACCCAAUUAUUGGUCGGCACUGGACGGAGACUGCAACAGAUAGAUGCGUCUCGAACAGGAUUACACCAAGUACCCGAAGCAUUCACACACUCAGUACGCUUCCUAUCGUUAGUAGGAAAUAGGAUAUCCGCCGUUAGGUGCGGGGAUUUUGACAGUUAUCCUCUACUACAGUCACUCGAUUUUUCGGAUAACAAAGUUAUUUCAGUAGAAGACGAUUCUUUGGGCAGAUUGGAAAUGCUGUUAUUUUUAAAUAUUAACAAGAAUCUUCUUACGACUAUCCCCAGAUCGUUACCUGAUGAAUUAAAAUAUCUUUCUAUCAAUAAUAACCAAAUUAAGAAUCUGACAAUACCCGAUUUGAAAAACUUACCUAACUUAAGGAUAUUACUGUUACAAAAUAACGAUAUUCAUUAUAUUCAAGACCACGUAUUUGACGACCUUCUGUCAUUAGAGAUGUUAGAUCUGUCAAACAAUCCGAUACAAACAUUGUCGUGGAGUACAUUUGACGGGCCGCUGUCUCUGCGAGAUCUAAGACUGUGUUACUUAAACUUAUCGGUGCCAGAACGAGAUGGCUCGUUUCCAAUGUCGUCGCCAGAAAGCGUUCAGAUGUUACAUCUCCAGUCCAGCCCGGGACUGGCCAGACAGUUACUGGCUGACUCGGCGGCACUUGCCGCAUUUUCUCAUUUACAAUAUUUAGACUUGAGAAUGAAUAAUUUGUCGGAAAUCAGAAAUGAUUUGUUAUUUUACUUGGCACAACUGAAAACUUUAAGAUUACACGGCAACAAUAUAAAUUGUAGCGCUGAGUUAUGGCUCAAAGAUUGGAUGAACUGGAACAAGAGUUUGUCCAGUAGUGAAACUUGUUAUUACUCUACUUCUGAAGCUAAAGUGGAGAUAACUAAAUAUAACUGUACAUUCCCGGAAACGUUCACUAUAAGUGACAGCCUCCCGCCCGUCAACUUGUAUAGUACGGAAAUGAUAAACAAGUUAUUAAGGUACUAUGGAUACUUGAAUAAUAAAACUGAAAAACCAUUUAAACACACGACUAAUAAGAAUAAAUUUGAUUAUACAAAUAUGAAAUCUUCACAAUCAAAGAAUACGACGAUGAGCAAUUUAGAUAAAAGAGACAAUUUGCCAGAAUUAGUCAAGGAAAAUUUUAAAGGAGCUGAAAGAAACGAAAAUAAAAUCCCCAUGAAUGAUUAUAUGAAUGAAUCAACAAUUGUGAAAGCACGAGAGUCAUCAAAAAUAUUAGAUCAAAAUAAGCUCCAGAACGACCAGCUGAACAUCGAUCACAGAUUUUUAGACAUAGAACCAUUUUCCUCUGUAUCGACACGCAAUUAUAAAAAAGACAUGAAAGACGAUGACGGUCAUGUUUAUAUAAAGAAUAGAUCGGGGAAACGUUUGAAUACGCCCCUCAACGUUACAAAGAAAACAGAAAAUAUUGUCAUUGAAUCUAAAUCUGGCGCCAGUUUUAGUAAGAAUUUGGCCGGACCAGAAAACGUGACUGUACACGAAAUGGAGGCUUCUCACCCAAAGUAUAAGAUUGAAUAUUCACCCUAUCAGUCGGCUGAUAAGAGCUACGCUCAGUAUAUAGGUACAGUAGCAGUCUGUGGACUAAUAGUGAUGUCUUUGAUUUUAUGGGUGAGUUUUCGCCUCAGAUACAGAAGAAGAAACGUGUCCGUCGUGAAUACAGAAGCCGAGGACCAAAUAGAGGUGUCCAAUAUCUCGGGAGGGGUGUUAUGGUGA